UCAGUCUCUAUAGGCAAAAACAGGGAACGUGUACCCUGGUCCCCAACCCUCCAAAGCUCAACAGCAUCGCCACCAGCAAACAGGGAACGUUGCCGAUCUGGUUUGUGAUCCCAGUGGCUUGGGACGAAGAAGAAGAACCAGUGGGUCGUUGCCUUCCAACACAGCCAUGGCUUCGUGAAAGACGCACCACCCACUGUCGCACGCAUUUACAGCAACUAGUUUCUCUCGUUCUUCUCCAAGACGCCCCAUUUCUGCAAUUGAACUAUAUUAUUCCAAACUCAUUCCACUGCAAUGGCAAUGAAUUUGUUAGAGUAUCGACAGUUUAAAAUUCAGUAAAUUGAUGGUUUUGAGUGAAAAUGGGGAUUUGAGAGUUUUAAGGUAGAGCAAAACCAUGCUAAACUUCAGUACAUAGGCUGGCUAGCUAGCUCAAGGGAUAAAAUGAGCCGAAUCCGGAGGCUUGUCUAUGUUCAUCUCAUUCCACCUGUGACUGAGAGGGGAUUUUCUAGCCUGAGUGUGGUCACUGCACCUUUUGAUUUUACUGAAAUUCAAAUUAGUCGCCUUCCCACUGUCGUCAUUCUAGGGCGACCUAAUGUAGGGAAAUCUGCAUUGUUCAACCGUCUUAUUCGGAGGAGGGAGGCUCUGGUAUAUAACACCCCCGAUGACCAUGUUACCCGUGACAUACGAGAAGGACUUGCCAAGUUGGCCGACUUACGAUUCAGGGUCUUGGACUCUGCUGGCUUGGAAGCUGAAGCCACUUCCGCUUCUAUCCUCCACAGAACAGCUUCUAUCACUGCACACGUCUUAGCAAAGUCACACUUUGCGCUCUUCCUCACUGAUGCAAGAGCUGGACUUCAUCCACUUGAUCUCCAGGUUGGAAAAUGGUUACGGAAACAUGCACCUCAAAUCAAGCCUAUUGUUGCCAUGAAUAAAUCCGAAUCACUCUUUGAUGCCACUGGCUCUCUGGCUUCAGCUGCAAACGAAAUGUGCCGCUUGGGAUUUGGGGAUCCUAUUGCCAUAUCUGCUGAGACUGGACUCGGUAUGCAUGACUUAUAUAUGUCUCUUAAGCCUCUCCUCGAGGACUAUAUGCUUCGUGUCUUCACUGAAGAAGGUGCUCGCGAAAAUAGCCACAACGAGGUCGAGGACAGCAGCGACCUUGAUGUUGACAAAAGUAAGCUGCCAUUGCAGUUAGCCAUUGUAGGACGCCCUAAUGUUGGUAAAUCAACUUUAUUGAAUGCAUUGUUGCAAGAAGACCGUGUUCUUGUGGGUCCUGAAGCUGGUCUGACAAGAGAUUCAAUCAGAACCCAGUUUGAAUUUCAAGGAAGAACAAUUUAUCUGGUUGAUACUGCUGGUUGGUUGCAGAGGACGAAGCAGGAGAAAGGAGCAGCAUCCUUGAGCAUUAUGCAAUCAAGGAAGAGUCUACUCCGGGCUCAUAUAAUUGCUUUAGUACUAGAUGCAGAAGAGAUUAUAAAUGCAAGACGAAGUAUGAAACAUGCUGAAGUAGUUAUAGCCAGACGGGCAGUGGAAGAAGGACGUGGGCUGGUUGUGAUUGUGAACAAGAUGGACCUUCUAAGAGGCAAACACAAAUCGUCAUCCUAUGAGAAGGUUAUGGAAGUUGUUCCACAAGAAAUUCAGACAAUUAUACCUCAGGUAACAGGGAUCCCAGUUGUAUUCAUUUCAGCAUUGGAGGGAAGGGGCCGGACCACUGUCUUGAAUCAGGUCAUCGAUACUUAUGAAAAAUGGUGUUCAAGAUUACCUACAGCUCGUCUAAACCGUUGGUUGCAAAAGGUUAUGAGCAGGCAUUCUUGGAAAGACCAAGCAGCACAGCCUAAGGUUAAGUAUUUCACUCAGGUCAAGGCCCGGCCACCUACAUUUGUUGCGUUUGUGCGUGGGAAGACUCAGCUUUCUGAUACAGACAUUAGGUUCUUAACCAAGUCCUUGAAGGAGGACUUCGAUUUGGGUGGAAUUCCUAUACGGAUCAUGCAACGUUCUGUCACUAAGAAAGAUGCCAGUGGAAGUGGAAAUAGCAAGAAUAGCCAUUCGGUAUGCAGAGUGGUUGAAAGGACUGUCUCUGACAAGAGAAGUAUCGUAGAUGAAUAACAAAUUUGACUUCUCAUUAAAGGACAUGAGUAUCACUCCGCAGAAUUUGCUAAAACGAGUUUAGAGUUAUUUAAUUACAGUAUAAUUUUAUUCUCAGUUCAAAAGCUUGAUUCUGAAUUAUUGAACUAUGUGCAGCGAGGAGGAGCACAAUUUCAAAGGUGCUGAGUUUUAUGCAACAAUAAUAUAGUGUUAUGAAUCGUUGAUGAUUUUUUUUGAGUAAUUGUAGAUGUUUUUGAGUAGUGCAAUAUAUAUUGAAUGAAUUGUUGCAAUUUUUUAAUGGA